AUGGAUCUUUCGAUGAAUAAACUCUCGAAUGGCAUACCUGAAGAAAUUGGUAGCUUGCAAAAUCUGAUACACCUUUCAUUGAGAGACAACAAAUUGCAAGGUUCAAUUCCUAGCUCAAUGAGCAGCAUAUCAGCUUUGGAAUUUCUAGACCUUUCUCAUAACAAUGUCUCAGGAUUAAUUCCCAAGUCUUUGGAGAAGCUUCUAAAUCUCAAGUAUUUCAACGUUUCAUUCAACAAUUUGGUUGGUGAAAUCCCCUCGAGCGGUCCUUUCAAGAACCUAUCCAGUCAGUCUUUCAUAUCCAAUGAAGCAUUGUGUGGUUCUCCAAGAUUUCGUGUCCCCCCAUGCCAGAGUAGCACUUCAAAGCAUAGAUCCAAGAGAAAAAAAGUACUUGUUUUGAUUCUACCGAUUGGAAUUGCACUUGUAUUAGUGUCCAUCGCCUUUGCGUUUGUAUGGAUAAAGUAUAUAAGAGGAAAAUCAACUGAUCCUCAACUAGGUGUUGAUUCGUCCUCUUUUGUCUCAACAAGAGGAAGAAUUUCAUACUAUGAAUUGCUCCAAGCAACUGAUUCACUCAACGAGAGCAAUUUGAUUGGUUCAGGGAGUUUCGGCUCUGUUUACAAAGGCAUCCUAAGAGAUGGGACUUUCAUUGCAGCUAAAGUGUUCAAUCUACAAUUGCAACCGGCAUUUAGGAGUUUCGAUACAGAAUGUGAAGUUUUGCGCAAUCUUCGCCAUAGGAAUCUCACCAAAGUCAUAACUAGUUGUUCCAACCUUGAUUUUAAGGCGUUGGUACUCGAAUACAUGUCCAAUGGGAGCCUCGAUAAGUGGUUGUAUUCACACAACUACUUCUUAGACAUCAAGCAUAGGCUGAGUAUAAUGAUAGAUGUAGCAUGUGCAUUAGAAUAUCUCCACCAUGGCUGCUCAUUGCCCGUGAUACACUGUGAUUUGAAGCCUAGUAACGUCUUGUUGGACGAGGACAUGGUUGCACACCUAAGUGACUUUGGCAUUUCAAAAUUGAUUUCUGAAGAUGAGAGUGCUUUAUACACUAAAACUUUAGCAACAUUGGGUUAUAUCGCACCAGAGUAUGGAUUGGAAGGAAUGGUGUCAACCAAAUGCGAUGUUUAUAGUUAUGGGAUAAUGUUGAUGGAAACAUUUACAAGGACAAAGCCUAGUAAUGAGAUGUUUGAUGGAGAUCUUAGCUUAAAGCAAUGGGUGAGCAAUUCACUCCCACAUGCAGUAAUGGAAGUUGUCGAUCCCAACUUAAUAACACCACAAGAUAAUCACUUAGUGAAAAAAAUUGAUUGUGUGGUAUCCAUCAUGAAAGUAGCAAUAAAUUGUUGUGUUGAAUCUCCUAAAGGAAGGAUUGACAUGAAAGAUGUUGUCGCAAGGUUAAAAACCAUCAAGAUUCAACUUCUUGAAUGUUGA